AUGACCGUGAACGUUCCAUGGUCGACACUGAGGCCCAAUCCACGAGAUCAGCGCGAGAGAGCCGCAGCAGAGUUUCCAGGCGGAGGAGAGGCGCCGCCCUUGGACAAGGACGGGGAGCCUGAAAUCGCAUGGGAUGUCACGGACUUUGGCAAACGCAUGGCCUUUGGGGGCAUUGUCGGGGGCGUCACGGGGAUAACGUUCGGAGCAAGCUCUGGACAACAACAGCAUCUCGCCGAUGGGCGGGUUCGAUACUCAGCAUCAAAACCCCCAGUGGACGGCCAUAGAGCCAUCCGCGACGAUUCGAUGGGGAAAUUUCCCACCACAGCGCUCAAAACGAAGGAAUUCACGAGGCUCACGGCUCUGUCGGGCACAAUUUUCACUGGAUUCUUCUGCACCUAUCAGGGGAUGAAGUACGGGGCGAAGCUGGCGCGAAAAGAGGACGAUUUCUGGAACGUUCUAAUCGCUUCGGCGGGGUCCUUCGCCCCCAUGCUGGCGGUGCCGGCAAUGCGCUCGCGGUAUCCCUACGCCGCGAUCCUCAUCGCGAUGGACACGCUCAACAACCACAUUUUGUAA